AUGAUGAGAUGAGGAGGAGGUCAGUCGAUGCUCCUGACGCACAGGGUGACGCCGCCCUGUAGCGCGCUGCCUCCGGACGCGCGAGGCUGAAUCCACCACUGUCCCACUCCCACACCACGGCGCGCGCACAGCGGGGUUUUACACAGAGGGUCAAAGAUGAGAUCAAUCAAGGCAAGAUUUUUCUUCCUGGCUGGAGCUCUUGGUCUGCUGGUCCUCCAUCUUUCUAAAGACUCUGAUCCACCCAAAUCCGUACAAACCAACAUAAACGUAAAGGAGGUMAACAACAAACCCCAAAAUAACUCCUAUAUUUUCUCCUGGUCAAAAUGCCAGCAAAAUAUCACUGCCAGCAACAUCUCUGGGUUCACAACUCUCUCGCAGAAUAUCCAGGACAUACUCUAUUAUCGACAUUGUCGCCAUUUCCCCAUGCUGCUGGACCUCCCUGAAAAAUGUGGGGGCGUUUCCAAAUCCGAGGAGGUCUUCCUUUUGCUGGUUAUUAAAAGCUCCCCUCAUAAUUACGACCGCCGAGAGGUGCUACGCAAAACCUGGGCCAAAGAGAGGAGGCACAACGGUGUCUGGAUUCGAAGGAUCUUCCUCACUGGAACAUCAGAAACUGGUUACAAGAAGAAGAAGCUCAACAAACUGCUGGAGCUGGAGCAACAGGAGUCCAGUGACAUCCUCCAGUGGGACUUCAGUGACACAUUCUACAACCUCACCCUAAAGCAGAUUCUCUUCCUGGAGUGGAUGGAAAGAAACUGUCCCAAUGCUCGUUUCCUCUUUAACGGUGACGAUGACGUGUUUGCAAACACGAACAACAUGGUUGUGUACCUCCAAAGCCUCAAGGGCAACAAUGGAAGCAAACACCUCUUCACGGGUCAUUUGAUUACAAACGUCGGGCCCAUUCGAUCAGCAGGGAGCAAAUAUUUUAUCCCAGUUCAGGUGCAGGAGUCAGAAUCCUACCCUCCUUACUGUGGAGGUGGGGGCUUCCUUCUGUCUGGCUUCACGGCAAUGGUUAUAUAUCGUAUGUCCAAAUCCAUCCCCAUUCUUCCCAUUGACGACGUUUACAUGGGGAUGUGUUUGGCCAAAGCAGGCCUCGGCCCGUCCUUCCACAUGGGUGUGAGGACAGCUGGAUUCCAAAUCGCCGCCGUCACACCGGAUGAAUACGACCCCUGCUUUUACAAAGAGCUUUUGCUUGUGCACAGAUUUCUUCCGGAUCAGAUUUAUUUGAUGUGGAAUCAAAUACAAGACCCCAACUUGGACUGCAGCUCUUCUAGGACACAGCGUCACAGCAACAAACUAUAACUCACAGAGAGUAACAGCUUAGUGGAUUUGCACAAGGUGAAAGGGAUGUGGACAUGCAAAUGAGCAGAUAUUUACAUGGACAGCCUUAUUGUUGACAUUGACUGAUGCACCUUUUUUCUUCACCUUCAAGGAAGGCAUAAAAUGUAUUUCUUUCCUACUGACUGAAAAGUACUUUGACCCGUAAUGCAGCUUGUUUCCUUCCAGGAUGAUCCAAGUGUUACUUUGCAGGUUCUGUUGCAGCUGCUUUGUUGGAUCCUGAGGCUUGAUGCUUCUGACAACCUGUCAUCUUUAAGAUACAUAAAAGAGGACAGGAAAAUUAAAAACAAGGAAUAAUAAAAAUCAUGUAAACUAAAAGCAUUAAUCAAAUGAUUGAUACAAACAGUUUCAUCCAAACGUGAAUGUAUCACUCUGGAAGUGAUAAAAUCGGACUGGUA